CCGCCCGCCAUGGCCGACGCAAAAGCACGCGCAGAAGCACGCAGGAAAGCAAUCCUCGCCCGCGGCGGCGACCGCCUCGCCCGCAUCACCACCUCCGCCCGCGGCGAGGAGGCCACAGCGUACAUGAAGGAUGCACCUUCACUGCCCAGUCGUACAGGCUUGACUGACUUUGUCGGCGAAACGUCAGAUAUGCCCACUCCCCCUGCCUCUACUCCAGGCUCCCGCAACGUCAGCGGUGCCCCUGCGUCGCAUGCAUCCCCGUUUCAAGCAGCCGGCCUCGGUGCUUCUGCGCCCGAUCCAUCCGUCUGGUCAGAAGAGCAGCAACAACAGUUCAUGAACGCUCUCAUCGGUGCCGCCGCCUCUGGCCGCUUCCCAGGAGCAGGGGCGGGGGUGGGUGCCCUCCCGGAGCAGCCACGCCCGCGCGCCCCGUCAACUGCGUCAUCAACGACCGCCGUCGCACCGUCCAUCGCGGGCUCUCCCGCCCCCCCUCUCACAGACGACCCCAUGGCCGCCCUCAUGAAUGCAUUACAGCAGGGAGGUGCUGGCACACCCCCUGGCUUCCAGUUCCCCGGCGCGGGCAUGGCACCCGCCGAGACCGUCUCUUUAAAACCGAAGACGCUUCUACAGAAACUAAUGCCGGUAAUACACAUCAUAUCCGCGUGGGCUUUGCUCGCGUACUUCGCGCUCUGGAAGGAGCCGGAGGCGUAUGACGCGAAAACGUACGGUUCCCGAGAGUCUCUGUGGAGGCGGUGGGCGGAGCUGAGUUGGAAGAUCCCAGAAGAUGGAUGGGGCGUGCAGGCUGUUCCAUUCUUCUGGGCGUUCACCACCCUCGCGCUCGUCCUCCACUCAUGGCGCAUAUUCACGAGACUUGACCCUAUUCAGCCCCCGAUGCUUCUUGCGUUUGCACUACCGCAUCUUCCUUCCCCAUUACCCGCUAUCAUUACGAAUGGCCUGAAGUACCUGCAAAUAGGUGGCAUCCUCUUCGAUGAUAUCUCCGCGCUGCUUGUGGGGAUAGGACUUCUCGUUUGGAUCGCGACUUGGUUUGCGGCUUGA